AUAAAAGAAACAACACAACAACCGAAAAUAUCAAUAAACAAAUACUGAAAAUCCAUUUCAUCUAAAUUUCCGCCACCAUUCAAAAUUAAAUCAUCCAUCUGUCUCUUUCUCUUUCAAACACACUCAAAAACAAAAUCAAAUUACACAGAACAGAGCUUUCAUCUUCAAUUUCGGAACACUCGCACCACAAAGGCCAAUGUCUGAAUCACUCUCUCUUUCUCUACCUCUCCAACCUAAUCACAUGGUCCCACCAAUCCCACCUGCAGAUCCACCUCCACCACUCCUUCCAUCUCCUCCUCCGCCGCCUCAACCGCCGUCAGUAACUUUGAAGAAACCCUCACUCAGAGUGACAUCAGAGUUCGACAGUGACAGCUCUAUAUUCUUGCACAAGGUCUCAUGUAAGGUGUUUGAUAGCUUGGCAAAACUAAAACUUCGUUUCCAGAAUAACAAUAAAGGAGAAAUCUCUGAACCCAAUAUUUAUUUCACUUCUAAAUUGCUCUCUAUUCACUAUGAUCUUGAAGAGCAAAAUGCCCUUGUCAAAGCUCACUUUGAUGUUGGUCCCACUUUGCAUUUCAAGGCUGCCCAUGAUGUCAAGGCAAAACAAGGAGAGGUGGCAAUGGUUGCAAAGCUUGCUGAUCCUGGCUAUGCACUUGAAUUGUCAUCUCCUGUUCCGACAAUUGGUUUGCCAAGAGCUACUUUAAAAUUUCCUCUCGGUGAAGUUUCACUGGAGGAGAAAGAAGAAGAGGAAGUGAAGAGAACAUUGUCAGUAAGUGGAAUUGUCAAAGGCCAGAUACUGAAUGGGCUAUGCACUGCUCAGUUCAGUGAUGAAGAUUUGAAACUAAGAUACCUAUAUAAGGAUGAAGCGCUCUCAUUUAUCCCUAGCAUCUCUCUGCCUUCAAAUGCUUUAUCUUUUGCGUUCAAGCGCCGGUUCAGUCCUAAUAAUAAGUUGAGUUACUGGUACAAUUUUGAUUCCAACAACUGGAGUGCUGUGUACAAGCAGACAUAUGGCAAGGAUUACAAAUUUAAAGCUGGUUAUGAUUCAGAGGUGCGUCUUGGUUGGGCAUCACUAUGGGUUGGGGAUGAAGGUGGAGGGGCAAAGACUGCUCCGAUGAAGAUGAAAGUCCAAUUUAUGCUCCAAGUGCCACAAGAUGACAUCAAAUCCUCGGCGUUAAUGUUCCGUGUUAAGAAGAGAUGGGAUAUAUUGUAGGUCUGUUACUAUGAGCUGCUCUUCUCAUGAAUUAAACGGAGAAGGUAGAGUAUCAAUCAUUUGACAGAAUCAGCUAAUCCCAGAGAGGUAGACUGCAGGAGGUUGCGCUUAGUGAUCACAAUUAUAUAACUAUCCAGUCAGAUUUGGGACUAAAUCUGUUGCCUGCAUCAAUUUGAGCAUGGUAACUGGUGGACCCAUCUAGCUUGUGGGUGCUUGAUAUCUUGUGAUGUUUGGUUCAUAAAUUAAGCCUGGAGUAUCAAAAUAAGUUUUUAGGUUGAUUUCAAAGUACUAUAUUCAACUAACAUGAGUUUUGAAUGUUCUCAAAUAGUCGAUUACUUUUGUAGAAUUUUUUACAAUAAAGAAUUUGAUACUUUCAGCAGGUUGUACA